CGAACUUCGUCUCCUCGUCUAAAUUAUGCCAAGCGUUAUGGAAAGGAAGAUCCUUCUCUCCCUAUUCUCUCUUUUCCUUUCCUCCCUUCCCUCGUCAUCGGCGCAGUCCCCAUGCCCCAAUCCCGAGGACAUUUACCCUUGCACCUGCCAAUACAACGAAGGAUCGCAACAAACGUCCGCGGAUUGUUCCUUGGCGACGACGAACGAAAUCUACUCUGCGUUCAAUGAAGCAUCCUGGCCUUCGGAGCUCUCGAGCUUUGGAAUGAGGGAAAACGACUUAGCAACAGAGCUCUCAGAUGGCAUCUUCGGAGAUGUCUCCUUCGAGUACAUCGACAUCUUCCAGUCCAGGGAACUGAACGAUAUUCGACCGCUGGCCCUACUUCCAUCAAGCGACCGACUUUUUGGUGCUUCUAUCGCGCAGUGCCCCCUCGAGAACUUUCCCUGGAGUAUCCUGCCAGACAUGGUUGCUCUCAAGAGACUUAGUAUCUCUGAUACCAAACUCACGACGUUGCCGGCGCUGGAGAGCUCCACGAUCGACUAUCUCUUCCUUUGGCACAAUGAAAUAUCGACUAUUGAGGGCGUUUGGGACGUACCCAACUUAUACUCUCUGGACCUUGGUCUCGCGCCCAACACGGCAGUUUUACUUGACGAUAAUUCGAUCACGGAAUUGACAGAGGCGGCGUUUCGUCCGAUUCUUCAAGUCCUGUCGUCGGGAGAUGGGUCCCUCUCUCUUCAG